GCAGCUUCUUCGAGAAAAAAAAGCCUGGAUUAUCUGGUUUUUGAUUGAUUUCUUAUUUCUUGGACGGGGCGCUGGACGUUUUCAAGGCGACACAGCGUUGCUCUACUGGGCCAGCUGCAGCCUGCGACCUCUUUUUGGUUUUUAGCGACGUGUAGUUGUCGGAGCUCCGGUCAUGGCGGACCAAGAGGAGACUUUUGUCCUCCAAAACUCUCCAGGUGGCUCGGAUUCGAGAGAAUUACAGAGCGAUAAUAAAUCAGAGAAACAGAACGGGACCUCAAGCAAAUCCCCGUCAUCACAGACAACUUACAUCCAGCAGGGAAUGGAGGGAAUAAAGGUCUACCUGCACGAAAGGGAACUAUGGAUGAAGUUUCACGAGGUGGGGACGGAGAUGAUCAUCACCAAAGCGGGACGGAGAAUGUUUCCCAGCUUCAAAGUAAAGGUCACAGGAUUAAAUCCGAAAACGAAGUAUAUUCUACUUAUGGAUGUUGUGCCAGCUGACGACCAUCGAUACAAAUUCGCCGAUAAUAAAUGGUCUGUGACUGGGAAGGCAGAGCCUGCCAUGCCCGGGAGACUCUACGUUCACCCGGACUCUCCCGCCACGGGGGCGCACUGGAUGAGGCAGCUCGUCUCCUUCCAGAAGCUGAAAUUGACCAACAACCACCUGGACCCGUUCGGACACAUCAUCCUCAAUUCGAUGCACAAGUAUCAACCGAGGAUUCACAUCGUGAAAGCGGAUGAAAAUAAUGGCUUUGGUUCCAAAAACACGGCCUUCUGCACUCACGUCUUCCCGGAAACGUCUUUCAUUGCGGUGACAUCCUAUCAGAACCAUAAGAUAACCCAGCUGAAGAUCGAGAACAACCCAUUUGCAAAGGGUUUCCGUGGUAGCGAUGACAUGGAAUUGCACCGGAUGUCCAGAAUGCAAAGUACCAAGGAGUAUCCGGUAGUGCCUCGCAGUACAGUGCGGCAGAGAGUGGGCUCCAGCCAGAGUCCAUUUAGCGGGGAGGUCCAAGGCCUGGCCACACCAAACAGCCUGAGCUCCCAGUACUCCCAGUGUGAAAAUGGUGUCACAAGCAGUUCACAGGACAUGCUGCCCCAGUCGGGUUCCUACCCCCUGCCUCAUGAGCAUGGCCAAGAGUACCACUGUAUCAAGAGGAAAGUGGAUGAUGACUGUCACUCAGGAGAUCACAGCUACAAGAAAGCAUAUCUGGAGAGCUCAUCGAGCGAGGAGGACCAUUACUACCGCCCUGUUGGCUACGCUCAGAGUCUCAGUCUCUCCGGUGGGCCUUACCGCAGCGAGUCCAGCCAGCGGCAGGCCUGUAUGUAUGCCAGUGCCUCGCAAAGCGCUGAGCCUGUUCCCAGUUUGGAAGACAUCAGCUGCAACACUUGGGCCAGUGUAUCACCCUAUGGUAGCUGUUCUGUCACCACCAUGCAGCCCAUGGAUCGACUGCCCUACCAACACUUCUCCGCUCACUUCACCUCAGGGUCUCUGGUGUCCAGACUAGGUGGGGUGGGAGGCCACGCCUCUCCACAGCUGGGUGAUGGCCACCACGCUGCAAUGUACCAGAGCUCUAUGACCCAUCAGACUCUGGGCCGCCAGUGCAGUCCCGGGGCUGGGAUCCAAUCACCAGCAGCCGGUCUGCAGGGAAAUGAGUACCUGUAUACACAUGGCAUACCACGUACACUAUCACCACACCAGUACCACUCUGUACAUAGUGUAAGCAUCAUGCCAGAGUGGAGUGAGAACAGCUAA